GUCCAAUGAAAUUUACUCUCAUUUAAUGUUCAAUUGGCGCGCAGCAAACUGCUUUCGUUUUUCAACCGCGACAUGGCCGCCACCGAUGGCCAAAUAAUAUUGGCAGCCUCACGGUUCGGCGACACCACGCCCGUGUACCUGCGCGACUUUUCCAAACAGCCGCUGCCGGCAGUGGCAAAGAUCCUCAAAGGUCAGCAUCAGGCAUUGGGUGUGCCCACACUAUCGGCGCCCUCCCUACAGAGCACGGCGCUGUUCCUGAGCGCGGGCAAAAAAUAUCAGAUUUUGGCACAGCCCAUUAAGAUCAAAGAGGGACGCAAGCCGACCAAUGUUGGCGCCAAGGUGCUUAUACCGGAGACCUAUUCGGGCUACUUUGAGCUGCUCAGCGAGGACGGUCGUUCAACGCGCUGCAUCGACUCGGUGCUGGAGCUGGCGCGUCGGCGAAACACCCGAGUACUUGUACGUGAGACAUUCCGUUGCACGCAAAUGAAUCGCACCAUUCACGCCGGCGAACUGCUGACCACCAUGAACGACAAUGGCAAGUACUUGCAGUGCCGCAACAUCAAAGACGAGAUCAUCAAUCUGCCCCUAGAUACCAAAGCCAAAUUCUCGCCCAUCGCCCGCGAGGAUAGCAUCAGUGGCGUCCACACCGUCAAGAAUCUACUGAUGAAGCGCAUGCCGGUUAUUGUGCGCCUUGUGCACGGCACUGCUCCCAAGGGUCUUAAGCAGCCGUUCGUGCCAGAACUGCGAUUACUCGGAUGCGUUGAGAUUGAUCGCAUCUUCGCGCUGCCACUGCAGAAGGACACAGAUCUGGUGCCAGUGCCACUAAAUGCCAAGAUCAAGCUGCAGCGGGCCAAGAACAUGGAGCAGCUAGAGCAUUUUAUCGAAUACACACGGUUCUUGGAUAAGGCGCAGCGCCUGCUGGCGGAUGCACGAGAUCGCCUGCAAAUUGUCGAUCUGAAGUUGUCAGAGAAGGAGAAGAAGGACUCGAAGUUUAGUAGUCGGAACAAGCUGCCCGUGGUGAUGUUACCCUCGGCGGCGGGUAUGGCCAGUGGUCUAGCAGAGAGUGGCUAUGUGUUACGCAAAAGCGCCAGCUGUGAUUCAUGGUCUAAACAGCAGCAGGCGCUCCAAAACACUGAAAUUGCCGAAGAGUACAGCGAGAUCGAUCACAUCUACGACUAUGUGAGGGGACUGACGCCUCUCUCGAAGGGUCUAUCCCGCUUCGAACCCAUCUGCGAGUCGCCAACCCUCAAAUCUCAUCACACGGACAGCAGCGGCAAUUAUUGCAGCCUGAUACGUGUGCCCAUCGUACAGCAGCAACAGCAGCAACAACAACAGCAGCAGCAGCAAAGUGCUGCAAAUAAUAACAACCAUAUUAAUGGCAAUGCCAACAACAACAACAACUACAGCAGCUUGGAAUCGAACAAACAUACAAACAGCAGCAGUGGUAGCAACCAUCACCACCACCACCAGCACCAUCACCACCACCAACCAAGCCAUUCGCACAACCAUCAGAUCGGACUGGUGGUCAACCAUUACCAACACAGCCAUAUACAGGAGGACAUAAAGCCGGUGCCGCCGCCCAUCGAGACGAUACCGGGCAAAAAGCCGGCAGAGAAACGCCAACGUCCCACACUACCAAAGCUUUACAUCAAGAACGCCCAUAGCGCAGGCAGCAGCAGCAACGGCAACUCGACGGGCGGCACCAGUCACAGUCACAGCCAUAGUCAGAGCCAGAGCCAGAAUCACAGUCAUACCGCGACGCCACAGACGUCACAGCCUCCCCCGCAUCAUGGCAAUACCAACAAUGGGAACGGGAAUGGAAGUGCCAAUGGAAAUGGAAAUAGUACGGCGGCUGUUGUGGCCAAUGCUGCAGCCGCCGCUCUGGCCGCACAUCAUGCACACACCCACCCGCAUCCGCACCCACAUCCGCAUCCGCAUCCCCAUCCGCACCCACACCAACUCCAACACCCUCAUAGCCAUCCACAUGCGCAUCCACAUCACGGCAAGGUGCUGACGCCCAACAAUCAUUUACCGAGCAACCACAGCCCCAGUGGCCUGCUGACCAGCAAGGACUGUGCCGGUCUACUGGAGCCGCAAUCGCCGCUUUUUCACAUCAGGUAUAAGAGCCUCAGCAGCCUGCAGCUGACGCCCGACAAUACCGCCGCCAUACAUGCGAAUGCAAAUACGCCGCCGAUCUCAACGCAUCCCAAAAGACAGUCAGGGCCGGCGGGCAGCGCCGGAACGCCGCCUGAUGUGGUGCUCAAGUGUAGCAGCAUAUUAAAUACUCACGCCUAUCUGCCGCAUAGUCGCAGUUCUAGCACCAAUGGUGGUGGUGGUGGUGGUGGCGCCGGUGCAGGCGGUCUGCUGCACCAUCACAAUCCGCGCGAGGGUACGCUGGACUCGUCUCGUAGUGGCGGUCGAACUUCCGGCGAUUCGAACAAGCUGCCGGAGAAGAAGACACGACGGUUGUCACGACCGCGUAGCUUGUCGAAUCUUGUUUGGGACUUGAGGCCAUCCAAAGAGAAGUCAAAGAAGAAGCUCUACAUACACCACUUCGAUCAUCGCCAGCAGGCGACGCUCUAUCUUUAGGCUUUCCAUCCAGCCCAUUCAGCCCAUCCAGCCAGCCAGCCAGUUAGUCAGUUAGUCAGCCAGUCAGUCAGCCAGUCAGCCGGAUGCAGUGCAAAGCUUCCGGCCGUCGCCAACUCGUUUUGCUGCCAUCGACCCUCCCAACCACCCAAGAUUUGCAUUUCGUUUAAGCGUGCCCUGCGCUGUGUGUGUUCCAGCAGGCAGUCGGCAUCUUAUAGCGCCAGCAGCUUUCACCAUUUGGCUCCAGAGUAGUUCUUUGGUUUUAAUUUCGUUUCGACGAGAAGCUUUGCUUUUAAUUGUGCGGUUUUAUUUGUUGUGCGCGGCGCCCGAAAUUAUGCUUUAAAAGUUCCAACGAAAUAUUUUCAAAAAUAUUUUUCUUGGAUAAAUGAUGAAGAAGAUUAUUAUGAUGACGAUGAUGAUGGAUGAAAAUAAUACGCUGCCAACUAUUGGUUAAAUAUCCUCUGCGCUGUCCAAAAAGUUUGCCAAGUGAGUAAACUAACUGCUCUUACUAGAGAAGGCAGCGUGCAUUACGCAUACGCAGCGUGAAAAGUAUUCAAUGAAAAUGCAAAAGAACACACACACACACACACAUACACACAUCAAGUCUAUGAAAUUGUGAUUUUAAUUUUAUGUUUAAUUUAAUAUUAUGCAACUGUGCAACUCAAUCAACACACACACACACACUUACACAUUCGUACAGACUUUAGUAGUUAAUGACGAUACAUGUUGAUAUGUGCGCAGCCCCAGGCGAUACAUGAAAAGGCCAUUUGCAUAUUGCUACUGCUACUGCUAGCAAUUUGAAGUCACAUUUAACGAGCAAACAAAAAAAAAGAAAACGAAAAACAAAAUAGCAAUACAUACUAUAUAUAACCUGGCAUGUUAAUCAAAAGAUAAAAUUAACUAACGGUGGCCCAAUUAAAUAAUACAACAGAAAUGUAAUAAAUGCGCCCAGCGAUUUAUAUUUUAUAACAAAAUAUAUACGAUUUAUGCGCGCCCACUCGAAUACAGCUCAGCCCACUGGCUACUACCCAAGCAGGCAGUGCUUGUAGAAUUUGAGACGAAUAAACAUAAAUAAAUAAAUACAUACUCGUACAUACAAGUACAUGCAUAUGGACAACAGAACUACAGUAACAACACACAAAUACUACAUCAAGAAAUUGCAUAAAUAUGCAUAUAUGUGCAGCAAAAUAUAAAUAAAUAGUUAAUAAAGUUAAACAACAGCUAAAUAUUUAAAGUUAUACAACUAGUUGAAAUGAAUUUAUAAAUUUCUCCUCAUAAUUUAAAUGUUGUAAUUGUAUGUGAAUUGUAAUUGUGUAAGCAUUUUAAUUAAUUAAUUAAUUGCAAUAGAAUUUCCCAUGUUAGUUUUAGUUGCUCCUGUGCCUCGGCCGGCACAGAAAAUUAUGUGAAAUGCAAUGUGAAAAUAUGUGAGAGACACAAAAGAUAACUCGAGCACUUGCAAAUGCUGAGCAAUGCAUUGUCUUAGUCGUUUAGUAUGUACAUUUUAGUUGCUACAAUAUUACAUAUAUGGCAAAUAAAUUACAAAUAUAUACAUAUAUUAAAUUGUAUUUGUGUCUAAUAAAUGUCUCAGAAAAUUACAAACAAAA